AUGGCUGCUAUUAACUCCGCCCUUCGCUCCGGCGCCAUUCGCUGUCUGUCCGCUCGCGUCGCGCAGCCCUCGAUGCUCUCACGCGUAGCUCGUGCUCCCGCCGCUCGCAACUUCAAUGUCUGGGCCCCCACCCGCAUGGUUCCCACCAGCACUAACGCUGCCGAGCAGGCCAACCCUGGUCCUCCCCCUCCCGUUGAAAACAUUGGUGUUGAUGCUGUUCUGCGCGAGAACCCCAAUUCGCAGGACAACCACACCACUACCAUUUUCCAGGAGUUUUCGCUCGAGGGCAAAACUGCUGUCAUCACUGGCGGUAAUGGUGGCCUCGGUCUCGAGAUGGCGCUUGCCUAUGUUGAGGCAGGUGCUCACGUUUACGCCGUUGAUCUGCCCAAGGAGCCUUCGGAGGAGUUCAAGAUCGUCGCCGACCAUUGCCGCAUCAUGGGCAAGCACCUCAAGUAUGUCUCGGCCACCGUCACCGACCACGACGAUAUCAACGCUUGCAUGGACUUUGUCAUGAAGGAUUCAGGCACCGAGUCGCUUGACGUCUGCGUAGCUGCUGCCGGUAUCCUUCAGACCUACGACGCUCUAUCGUACCCUGCCGACGAAUUCCGUAAGGUGUUUGACGUUAACACCACUGGUGUCUUCUUGACCGCCCAGGCCGCGGCCCGCAAGAUGCACGAGCAGAAGCACGUUUCGGGUUCGAUCAUCUUGAUCGCCUCCAUGUCAGGUUCUAUUGUCAACCGUGACCACCACUGGGUCGCCUACAACGCCUCCAAGUCGGCUGUGCUCCAGAUGGGUCGUAACCUGGCUGCCGAGUGGGGACCCAAGGACAUCCGCGUCAACUGUAUCUCGCCCGGUCACAUUCGUACCCGUAUGACGGCCGCUUACCUCGACACCAACCCUCACCUGCUCGCCAAGUGGUCAAGCUCGAACCCUCUGGGUCGUCUCGGUCGCGCUCACGAGAUUCGUGGUGUUGCCGUCUGGCUCGCAUCGAGUGCUUCGUCGUUCUGCAACGGUUCCGACAUCAUCGUUUCGGGUGGUCACAACAUUUGGUAA